GGAAAGCUUGGUUGAGGCUGGAGGUUCACUGCAGCGUCCAAGGAUUGAUAAACACAACUUUGAGUGAAAUGGUUGUCGCAGCUAAAUUAUCUGCUGAGUUAACUUGGAGUCCACGCAGGGAACCGGGGAAAUAGGAGCCGUCGGAAGGCAGCUGGCCGUUGGCUCGGUUUACACCUCAUUCGGCGGUUUAUCUUUUCUCAGGCUAGCGCAUCAGCAGCGGCGCAUCACGGAUAGCGCGUCUAGCAGGCUAAUUAGCUAGAAAGCUAGUUUCCCUUCUCGAUGAUGGCCAGCUGAGUGUUACUGUGCCUCAUAGGCGAGCUAUCGUUAUUUCGUUCCUGAAUUAGUAUUGGCUGUGGUGUCUUGAGAGAAAACGGGUUCGGGGUUUAGUUCUCGGAGGUUUUGUUCUGCUCGAGUGCUCCCCACAACAACUCGUGCAUGGAGACUUGUUGGAAAUUUCGGGCUGAUCUAUCUUGACCGGGCUUGUUAGUCGGACGGCGGGGUGUCGAGCUAAGCUAACGAGACACACAGUUAGCCAGCCAGCGCAUGGGACGAAGAAGUUAGCCAGCUAGCGUUUAGCCAGCGAGUUAGGGGUGGCGCAGACGAGUUUAGUCUCGGAGUGAAAGGAUGGGUACGUGCCUUGGUGUGCGGGCGCGAAGUCUUGCUUUAGCCUGCUCCGACUGAUGUGUUAGCCAUGCAUGUAGCUAAAAGCUUCUUUCGGUUCUGAACGUCAAAAGCACACAAGCAGUCUUCUCUCACUGAGCACUGCGAGAUGAGCCCCUAAGCCCGACUUCGACCAUCGACCUGGUUUGGCCUCCUCACGACUUCCAAAGAUGUAGCAUUCUGGUAGAUAAAUCGUGAUAGGACGACGGUAGCUACGAUGAACAAUCAAGGAAUAAUGUCGCAGGAGAAGAUGGAGCUGGACCUCGAUAUCCCCUCCGCACUUGUUCAGAGCGACGGACACCUGAGGAGAUCCAACAGCGAGCCUAUGAUAAAUGGCUUAAGUGACGGCUCUCAGGUUUUCCAAAGAGAGGUUCUACGCAGCAGGAGAAACAGCACAACUCUUGUUAAUCGACCCAAUAUGGUCCCAUCCUCCCCGGUUCGAGUUCCUAGCACUAGACUUCAAAGGAUCAAACAGGAGGAGGGUGUUGAUGUAAUGAACAGGGAAACGGCUCAUGAACGGGAGGUACAGGCAGCCAUGCAAAUGAGCCAGUCAUGGGAAGAGAGUCUCAGUCUGAGUGACAAUGACUUUGAGAAGUCCUCAUCAUCGUCCCCAAAACGUAUAGAUUUUGUGCCUGUGUCUCCAGCUCCAUCUCCCACUAGAGGAAUUGGGAAGAAGCAGUGCUUCUCUCCAUCUCUGCAAAUCUUGGUGAGCAGUAAUGGUCUAAAUCCUAGCCCUAUCCCCAGCCCAACACGUCGCUUUAGUAGGAGAAGUCAGAGCCCUAUUAACUGCAUUAGGCCCAGCAUCUUGGGCCCUAUCAAACGUAAAGUUUCAGGUGAGAUGGAACCAGAGAGCCAGCCCAAGAGACUCUUCCAAGGUACCACCACCAUGCUGUCCACAGAGACAUCCCACCUACCAGAACUCAGCUCCUGUAUUUCUCCAGACCUGCUCGAUGGGAGCCUCAGCAGUGUUGGCUCCUCCUCAGGCUCUCCUGCUAAGAUGGAAGGAGUGUCACCCUCCUCCAGCAACUCUCCCUUCACCCCCCUCCAGGACCUCUCCCCCAAGUGAGCAUGUAUCAGAGAGCCGUUACGCUGAGGUUAGAGGAUAAGAGCGUCCGUUAGGGCCCUCUGCACACAUUUGAGCUUCUGUUCCUAUGCCUUCCCAACCUUGCUUUUGAUCUGGUCUUCGAAUUCUCCUGGGGUUUGCUUUCCAGUGGGACAGUGCGGUGAAGCUGAGUGGGGUGUCUGUAUUAAAGGAAACCAAAGCCCUGCAGAUAAUCUUUGUGUGGACAGUACCAUCAGGGUGAUAUGUGGGGAUGAAGACUGUGGAUGCUGUUUGCACCAGCUGCUAUAUAAGGAUGUAAUAGAUGGGGUGUAGCUCCAUAACGAAGCAAACAGCCUUCCAGAGCCCUGCCGUUGUAUAUGGCUUUGUUACUGUAGUUCUCUUCUAUUAGAGGAAUGCCACCAUAAGGAUAUGGCUCUUAGAGAGUGAAGUGUUCCCUCUCGCGACAGCACCAUUAGCUUGCCUGUGGGCUGUAUCCAAGACUAUUGUAAUAGGUCUUUAAUUUGCAUAAGCAGAUUGCCAACAGGUAUUGUGUGAAAGAAUUUAACUUAUUUUUGUUCCUGCUCUUGGUUUUGUAAGUAUGUACAUAUAAUGUGAUUUGUUAUUAGUCUCUCAUUUAUAAUCUUGUGCAGACGUGAAUGUGUGCAGUGUUCGACCAGUUAACUGACAGUCAGCCCCUUGUGGAGUUUUAUUAGAGGUGCAAUUGCACUUGCAUACAUUUGCGACCUGAGUUGUUUCUGCUUAAGAGUGGUCAACUGUAAAGAUUGUCCUCUCUUGAUAUUCAUGUAGAUGGCAGGAGUGGGGGACAACAUGUAUGAGAUUCUAUUUAUCACACUUAGUGCUUCAUUACAUUUGUCUAAUGGAGUUAACGGUUGUCGUCAGCUGUUUAGAUAUGGAAUGAAUGUUGGUAGAAUGCAAUAUUAAGGGGGGUGGUCACCACUAAAUCCAGGACUUCAACACUACAGCACAUUUUUACAGCCUGUGUUGCAAUUUUUCUUCAGGUAUACUAUUCUACAACAUGGUUUAUACUCAUCAUAGCUUUAGAGAGCUGUGACUGCAGUGCAUUUUACUACCCUUUAAGCGCUCAGUAGCUACACCUUUUUUUCAUCCGCCUUUAGAAUAUUGCACUGUGUGACGGUGACACCCUUGAAUGAAUUAAAGGGAUUUUUCUUUGUUCUAUGCCUUUUUUUGAUGGGAUGAACUACUGCAAGUCACUGCAAAAGCAACGUCUGUGCUAAGAUGCAGAAGCAGUUUAGAUCAGUGGAAGAUUGGAAUUAGGUGCUGUUAGACGAUUAAACAAGUGCGACAGACGACGUUAAUUAAAUCUCAUCAUAAACAGAAGAUUUGUUUCUUUGGGGGAAAGGUCUACUGAUUUAUAAAAGUAGUGUGCCAUUAAAGAUCUGUAUAUAAGAGAUGUAAAAUUGUACUUGUGUAAGUUGUUAUUAAUUUAGGCUUGAGUUAUUUUAGUAAAUAGUAUUUUUUUGUAAAUGGUUUUAUAAAUGAGUUUCAUUUGGGAAAACAAAGAAACGGCUUUAUUUCCUCAGAGCAUGGUAUGAUGCCUCAUAAAUUCAGAUUUAUUUGCAAACAAGGAAGUGAUUGUAAAUCCUAUAUAAAUAUAUCUAUUUUUUUUUUUUUUUGAAGUGAAUUUAAAGGUGUGACUUCCCCUCCAUGUAAGAAAAGUGACAGACACAAAACUUUGACAUGUAUCCUUUUUCUGAAUGUCUUUCUUUGCUAUCAAACAAAGCAGUAAGUGGGCCUUGUAAGUCCCCUUCCUGUACUGUAUAGAUGGUUGAACUUUGUGGUUUGCUUUACAGAUUUGUUUUUGUCCUGUGGACUUGUCUGAUAUUUUAUUUAAUUUACGCUGUCCUCUAGACUCAAUGAACAGAGUACUUUUAAAAGCGUGAACCUAAGUUUGUGUGUUAAAGUUUUGAAGAGUGAGUUAAGAGCUUACAUGAUGAAAUCUUUGUUGUGCUCUGCUCUAAAUGGACAAAAAAAUUCUUGUCCCCUUCAUAUCAGUGAUCUUCAGAUUACAAAAUAAAUUAUUUGUCCUACAA